CUUAUACUUUGUUCAUUUUCUCAUUAAUUAGCUUUAUAACUCUUUUGCUUUCAUGUAAUUUCCUAAAACCCUUUGAUUCUUGAGGCCUUCUAUCUUUACGAAGGUCAGUCACUUGACAGACUAAUGGAGUAAUGGGACAUGUAGGGUUGAGCUCUUUGAAUAUUUUUUGAACAGUGCAUUUCUUGCAGUUAGUGAGAUAUUUUCUUCCAUUUGAUAAGUGAAUGAUGGAGCACCUCCAUAAGCUUUAUCCCGGAAUCAUGCCUCAUACUUCUUUGUCAAACAUGAAGGGAACAACUUUAGAUAAGGUUUACCGAUCAGCUGCCCUUAUGGAUGCACUAAUUUUCAUAGCUUGAUUACAAGUUUCUGAGCUAAUGAAGUAAUAUGUUGCAUAUAGAGAUUGGCAUACUUCUGCAAGGCUUUGAUAUCUGUUAGAGAUUCAUGGACAAAGAAUCACGAGUGGAUGAAUUACAUACUCGUAUUUGAUAAGAAUCUUAAUGUGGAAAACACUAUUGUGGAGCAACUUGUUGAUAUAGUGUUAGCAACACUUGAUUGCAUGAUAAAGGCAGCAAGGGAAUUAUUCGAUAUGAUGGAUGAGGAAGAUAUGAAGGAAGGUUAUAGCUCACAAGCAAGAACAUUCAAAAGUGUCUCCACUGAAGCUUCAUGUCCAUUAGAGUUGAAUAAUCAAAAUUCCAGCCCCCUCAAUCAGAAGAACGGGAAGGUUGAAGAAUUAAGACCAAAUGCUAAAGAAGUAAAGAGCAAUUCUGAAGUGACAGUAGCAGAACUAAAACCUGGCAAUCCAACGACACCCUCAAUGUCCAUGCUGCCUUCAAAAGGAUCAGUGCAGUCAGUACCACCUCCCAUGAUGCCUUCAAAAGGACCAGCCCCAUCUCCACCAACACCCAUGCCGCUGCAGAAGCGUCCUGCUCCCCCACCGCCUCCUCCACUUGGUGCCACAAAAUCCCUGCAUCGAAAGUCAGCCACAACUAAGCUGAAGAGAUCUGUCAAGAUGAUUAAUUUGUUUCGGAAUCUCAAGAGAAAUGUAGAAGGGUCUAGCCUUCUUGUUAAUUCAGCUGAUGUUUAUCGUGAAAGAAGAGCUCCAGCUGGUACAAGGACACAAAUUGGAGGCGCUACUGGUUGGAAACAAGGACUGGCCGCUUCAUUAGCAGAGUUGACAAAGAGAUCAUCUUACUUCCAACAAAUAGAAGAAGAUGCUCGAAAGCAUGAAAAGUCAAUCAUGGAGCUGAAGAUAGCAAUUAGGUCCUUCCAAGCGAAGGACAUGGUUAAGCUGCUUAAGUUCCAAAGAAGUGUGGAAUCUUUUCUGGGAGGCCUAACUGAUGAAACCCAGGUGCUCGCAAAGUAUGAAGAUUUCCCUACAAAGAAGCUGGAAGCAUUGAGGACGUACAGCUGCUGCGUUGUACUCAAAAUUGGAUACAAUAGCAACAAACUUGAAGAAACUGCAGAUAGUGGCACCCUUGGACCAGCGCUUCAACAAGGUUGAGAGUUAUUUCAGUAAG